UUCAGACAAGUCAAACCGGCGAGAGAGAGACAGAGACAGCGUGCAGCGUGUUUGGAGAUCUGCAACGAUCUAGUACGAGGAACAUUGACAAAUAUCGCGCUUCCAGGACCGACGGAAUGUUACCUACGACCGGCUGCAUUUUGAAACCAGCAUCAGGUUUAUAAUCAGGACAAGCGCGGUCGAAUCUCAAACUGCAAACGCCGGUUGAUUCUGAGCUGAGAGACUGAAGACCGAGCUCUACCUUCUCGUCCUUCCUGCGUCCUGGUAAAGCGUCAGCUGAACAUUUCAAGGGAUAUUCAGGAAAUAAUCGCAGAUCUGACCUUCUUUUGUGGAUUUAUUAAGGCUAAGGAAAGACAGGACACCGGGAAGGUGAACAUACCCCCAGCGAAGUGCGCGAUCCUUGCAGAAUGAACCGCAGGUUGUAGUUUGGUAUAAGAAGCAUGUAAGCAUUGUGAACUGGAAGAACUAUAGACUUCGAUCGUGACCAGAGUAAAAAGAGGGUACAUUUCUCCAUACGCUUCCUUCUUGCGGGCCUUUCAGAUCAUGGAGGGCCAGCGAGAUUCACAGAGGACUUUCUGGGUCAAAUUUUCAGGAGCUUUUAGGCUCAUAUUAUGUGUUGAGUUGUUAGUCCUGACCCUUGGUACAACAUGCAACGGACAGACGUUUACUACAUUUCACCCCGAGAAGCGAGAAUGGUCAUUCAAUCAUCUGACAGUCCACCAAACUACAGGAGCUCUGUAUAUCGGCGCUGUUAACCGUGUCUACAAGCUCUCUGGUAAUCUCACUCUCCUGGUGUCCCAUGAUACUGGUCCUGAAGAUGACAACAAGGCCUGCUACCCUCCUCUUAUAGUCCAGCCCUGUUCUGAACCCUUAGUCUCCACCAACAACGUCAACAAGCUUCUUCUUAUCGAUUACUCGCAAAACAGGCUGCUGGCUUGCGGGAGCCUCUAUCAGGGUGUAUGCAAGCUGCUUCGACUAGAUGAUCUCUUUAUAUUGGUCGAGCCGUCACACAAGAAAGAGCAUUAUCUCUCCAGUGUCAACGAAACUGGCACCAUGUACGGCGUUAUCGUGCCCUCCCAGGGCAAAGACGGGACACUGUUCAUCGGCACUGCUGUAGACGGAAAGCAAGACUACUUCCCGACCAUCUCGAGCCGCAAACUCCCACGUGAUCCGGAGUCCUCAGCCAUGCUCGAUUACGAACUGCACACUGACUUCGUCUCCUCGCUCAUCAAGAUCCCUUCAGACACCUUAGCCCUGGUCUCACACUUCGACAUUUACUACAUCUAUGGCUUUGCCAGCGGGAAUUUUGUUUACUUCUUAACUGUGCAACCAGAGACCCCCGAAAAUGGUAUGGCCUCCAGCGGUUCAUUCAGCGACCUCUUUUACGUCUCGCGCAUCGUACGUCUCUGCAAAGACGACCACAAAUUUCACUCCUACGUGUCGCUGCCGAUUGGUUGCGUGCGCAAUGGCGUGGAGUACCGGCUACUGCAGGCAGCCUACUUGGCUAAACCAGGGAAGGUCCUCGCAAGUUCACUUAACAUCAGCGCGACGGACGAUGUGCUUUUUGCUAUUUUUUCUAAAGGCCAGAAACAGUACAAUCGCCCCCCUGAUGAUUCAGCACUGUGCGUUUUUACCAUCAAGGACAUCAAUGCUCGCAUCAAGGACCGCUUGCAGUCUUGCUACCAAGGGGAAGGAAAUCUGGAGCUCAACUGGUUGCUGGGGAAGGAUGUUCAGUGCACCAAAGCGCCUGUGCCUAUCGAUGACAACUUCUGUGGUCUGGACAUUAACCAGCCCCUGGGUGGCUCUCAGCUGGUAACCGGGCACACACUUUAUACAGAAAGCAGAGACCGUAUGACCUCUGUGACGUCCUAUGUCUACAAUGGCUACUGCGUGGCUUUCGUUGGGACUAAGAGUGGACGACUGAAAAAGAUUCGUGUGGAUGGUCCUCCUCAUGGUGCUGUGCAGUAUGAAACGGUGUCUGUCAUUAAAGAUGGGAGUCCUAUCCUCAGAGAUAUGGCCUUCUCGCUGGACCAUAACUACCUCUAUCUCAUGUCUGAGAGACAGGUGACCCGGGUACCCAUUGUGUCAUGCGAGCAGUACGGGACAUGUAGUGAAUGUCUGAGCUCCGGAGACCCGCAUUGCGGCUGGUGUGUGCUUCACAACAUGUGCUCUCAGAGGGAUAAGUGUGAACGUGCCAAUGAGCCCUACCGUUUUGCAGCCACUCUAAACCAGUGCGUGAAGGCCACUGUGUACCCUGACAGCAUCGCGGUUUCUGAACCAGGUGUACCGCUCCUGGUGAAGGUGAGUGAUGUUCCAGAUCUCUCCGCUGGAAUCACUUGUUCCUUUGGAAACUUGACUGAAGUAGAGGGGACUGUGGACGGUAAUCAGAUCUUGUGCAUCUCCCCUGCUGCUAAAGACGUCCCUAUUAUUCCUACUGAUCAAGACUGGUCUGGAGUGGAGCUCAGGCUAAACUCGAAGGAGACGGGUCAAAUGCUAAUCAGCACGGAGGUUAAAUUCUACAACUGCAGCGUACACCAGCUGUGUCUAUCUUGUGUAACCAGUUCCUUCCGCUGCCACUGGUGCAAAUAUCGAAACCUGUGUACACACGAUCCCUCCAGCUGCUCCUUCCAGGAGGGACGCGUCAAUGCUUCAGAGGAUUGUCCUCAGCUGGUGCGCUCUGAGGAGAUUCUGAUCCCUGCCGGCGAGGUCAAGCCCAUCACCCUUAAGGCCCGGAACCUUCCGCAGCCUCAGUCAGGACAGAGAGGAUACGAAUGCGUCCUGGACAUUCAAGGGGUCAGCCAUCGAGUCACGGCGCUCCGCUUCAACAGCUCCAGUGUACAGUGCCAGAACAGCUCGUACCUCUAUGAGGGUAUGAGGAUAAGCGAACUCCCUGUGGAUUUCUCGGUGGUGUGGAACGGCAACUUCAUUAUUGAUAAUCCUGAGAACAUCAGAGUGCACCUGUAUAAGUGCGGCGCUCAGCGGGAUAGCUGUGGUGUGUGUCUGAAGGCCGAGAGGAAGUUCCAGUGCGGGUGGUGCGCUAUGGAAGGCCGAUGCACCCUGCAGCACCACUGCCCUAUGUCCAACCCCUACACCAGUCGCUGGCUCAACCUGGCCACGACGAACGUCAAGUGCACCAACCCACGCAUCACUGAGGUGACCCCAGUGUCUGGACCUCCAGAGGGUGGAACCAGGGUUACUAUCCACGGAGUGAACCUAGGUCUGUCCUUUUCCGACAUGAAAAAAAACGUGAAGGUGGCGGGAAUUCAAUGCACCCCAAAAGAGGACGGCUACAUCAUCGCUGAACAAAUCGUGUGUGAGAUGGAUGCGGCUCCAGAAGACACCAGGGCCGGGCCGGUACAGCUCUGUGUAGGAGAGUGCAGACCUGAGCUGCAGGCUCGCUCGUCCCAGCUCUACUCCUUUGUGAGGCCAUCUGUAACAGGUCUGACCCCCAGCCGGGGUCCAGAAUCAGGGGGCACUAAGGUGACCAUCAUUGGAGAGAACCUGGGUGCAGGAAGCAGUGUCAGCGUUCUGUUUGGAAACCAGACAUGCGAGUUCUUUGAACGGUCUAUGACAGAGAUCGUGUGCUACUCAGCUCCAUCUCUGACUGGUGUGGGUCCAGUACAGAUCACUGUCAGUGUGGAUCACGCCCAGGUGAGGGAAAGCCUCAGCUUUGAGUACAUUGACGACCCCACUGUACAGCGUAUCGAGCCUGAAUGGAGCAUUGCAAGUGGACACACUCCUCUGGUAGUAAUUGGAACUAACUUGGAUGUGGUCCAAGAACCCAGGAUACGGGUCAAGUACGGAGGACACGAGUCAGUAAAUGUCUGCAAAAUCCAAAAUACCACCACCAUGAGCUGUUUUGCUCCGUCUCUGAUGGCAGAGUACACACCCGGACUAGAGUCGGUGAAGCAUGCGGAUGAAUUUGGCUUCAUCUUCAACAAUGUCCAGGCUCUUCUAGUGUAUAACAACACUAAUUUCUUGUACUACCCAAACCCCUACUUCGAGCCUCUGAGUACUAAUGGGGUAUUAGAGCAGAAGCCAGGAUCUCCCAUCAUUCUAAAGGGAAAGAAUCUGGUUCCUCCAGCAACAGGAGGAGUGAAGCUGAACUACACUGUGUUGCUGGGAGAGACCCCUUGCUCGGUCACUGUCUCUGACACUCAGCUGCUGUGUGAACCACCCAACCUCACUGGCCAGUACAAAGUCAUGGUGCAAGUCGGUGGUCUUCAUGUCUCACCCGGUUCUGUAAACAUCCUAUCAGACAGUCUUCUGACUCUACCUGCCAUUGUGAGCAUCGCUGCUGGCGGAGGCCUUCUUCUCAUCAUCGUCAUCCUCGUCCUCAUCGCCUACAAGCGAAAGUCACGGGAAAACGACCUGACGCUCAAGCGCCUGCAAAUGCAGAUGGACAACCUGGAGUCUAGGGUGGCGCUGGAGUGCAAAGAGGCCUUUGCAGAGCUGCAGACAGACAUUAACGAGUUGACUAGCGAUCUGGACCGAGCCGGAAUCCCUCACCUGGACUACCGCACCUACGCCAUGAGGGUGCUCUUCCCUGGCAUUGAGGAUCACCCAGUUCUCCGAGAGCUGGAGGUUUCUGGCAAUGGGCAGCAGAAUGUGGAGAAGGCCUUGAAGCUUUUUGCACAGCUGAUCAACAACAAGGUGUUUCUGCUGACGUUUAUCCGUACGCUGGAGCUACAGCGAUCUUUCUCGAUGCGGGACCGAGGCAAUGUGGCGUCCCUCAUCAUGACAGCACUGCAAGGGAGGCUAGAGUAUGCCACGGACGUGCUUAAACACCUGCUGUCCGACCUCAUCGACAAGAACCUGGAGAGUAAAAACCACCCCAAACUCCUGCUACGCAGGACUGAGUCUGUAGCUGAGAAGAUGCUCACCAACUGGUUUGCCUUCCUCCUUCAGAAGUUCCUUAAGGAGUGUGCUGGGGAGCCUUUGUUCAUGCUUUAUUGUGCUAUAAAGCAGCAGAUGGAGAAAGGCCCUAUAGAUGCCAUCACAGGGGAGGCCCGCUACUCUCUCAGUGAAGACAAACUCAUACGCCAGCAAAUCGAGUACAAGACACUGAUUUUGAACUGCGUGAAUCCAGAUAACGAGAACAGUCCGGAGAUUGCUGUGAAGGUGCUGAACUGUGAUACAAUCACCCAAGUAAAGGAAAAGAUCCUGGAUGCCGUUUAUAAGAACAUGCCGUACUCUCAGCGACCCCGGGCUGUCGACAUGGACUUGGAGUGGCGUCAAGGACGGCUGGCACGAGUGGUCCUGCAGGAUGAAGAUAUCACAACCAAGAUUGAGAACGACUGGAAGAGACUCAACACACUCAUGCACUAUCAGGUGUCAGACCGCUCUGUAGUGGCACUUGUACCGAAGCAAACCUCCUCCUACAAUAUUCCUCCCACAGCCAGCAUUUCCCGCUCAUCUAUAAGCAGAUAUGAUUCAUCGUUCCGUUACACAGGAAGUCCAGACAGUCUUCGCUCCCGAGCUCCUAUGAUCACUCCAGAUCUGGAGAGUGGAGUGAAAGUUUGGCACUUGGUUAAGAACCACGAACAUGGAGACCAAAAAGAGGGCGACCGUGGAAGUAAGAUGGUCUCUGAGAUCUACCUCACCCGACUGCUAGCUACUAAGGGCACGCUACAGAAAUUUGUAGACGAUCUGUUUGAGACGCUCUUCAGCACGGUUCACAGAGGAAGCGCCUUGCCUUUAGCCAUCAAAUAUAUGUUUGACUUCCUAGACGAGCAAGCCGACAAGCACGGCAUCCAUGACAUGGAUGUCCGCCACACUUGGAAGAGCAACUGCCUUCCUUUGCGAUUUUGGGUAAACGUGAUCAAGAAUCCUCAGUUUGUGUUUGACAUUCACAAGAGCAGUAUUACAGAUGCGUGCUUGUCCGUCGUGGCUCAGACGUUCAUGGAUUCAUGUUCCACCUCAGAACACAGGCUGGGUAAAGACUCCCCGUCCAACAAGCUGCUCUAUGCUAAAGACAUUCCCAACUACAAGAACUGGGUGGAAAGGUACUACGCUGAUAUAAGCAGACUGCCCGCCAUUAGCGACCAGGAUAUGAACGCGUACCUGGCGGAGCAGGCGCGGCUCCACUCCUACGAGUUCAACAUGCUGAGCGCUCUGAAUGAGAUCUACUCUUACGUCAGCAAGUACAGCGAAGAGAUCAUUGCUGCACUGGAAAUGGACGAACAGGCGAAGAAGCAGAGACUAGCCUACAAGGUGGACCAACUCAUUUCUGCCAUGUCCCUGGAGAGCUGAGAACGUCGGGUCGGAUGGAGCAAAAGAACACAGACCCCCUGUGCUAUGAAACAUUUAUCCAAAGCCCGGUUCUGGAACUCUCGUGUAAAGAGGAUGCA